AUGCGGAACUCUUCCGUGGCCAAGGAUGACUUGCAAGAGCUAUUCUUCUGGUUCUUUCCCUCUAAUGAGCCACCGGCUGAAAAGGAGAUUGUCAUUUGGCUCACUGGUGGUGUAAGACUUCUUUCGGUUUCCAUGCACAUUGGUGGUGUUGAAGACGAAAAGCUAAUCAAGAUGCAGCCUGGUUGCUCGUCCAUAGGUGAACUUCUUCAAGAAAAUGGCCCCAUAUCGUGGAAGCCUGGAACCUUCGGGCCUGUGCAGAACCCCUGGAGUUGGCACCGCCUGAGCAAUGUUGUGUGGAUUGAACAACCCGUGGGAACAGGCUUCUCUCAGGGCCCGGUCACGGCUACCGACGAAAGAGAUGUUGCAAGACAGUUCAUGGGAUUCUGGAAAGCCUUUGUUGACACGUUCGACUUGCAUGGCUACAAAGUCUUUGUUACUGGGUCUUCCUAUAGCGGCCUGUUCUCUCCGUACAUCUCGAGUGCCAUGCUAGAUGCUGAAGAUACGGAUUACUUCAACGUCAAGGGCAUGAUGAUCUUUGAUCCUUUGAUUUCGCAGCGGAGUAUUGGUCAGCAAUUUGGAGUAACCAAGACUCUCGAAUACUGGGGUCCUGUCUUCACGCUGAACGACACAGCAAGGGCGAAAGUCAAUGAAAUCGAUCAAAGAUGUGGCUACAGCGAGUAUGUGGAUAAAUAUCUGACAUUCCCACCGUCAGGAACUCAACCAGUCGACGUCCCGAGAGCUUGGAACCCAGACAACGAGUACAUACCGGAGUGCGACAUCCUGUCAUUUGUCGCCGAAGCAGAGAGGACCUGCCCGCUUACGUACGACCCCAUCGGCUUUACCGACAACAGGCUCCGUCGUCCGUCAGCUGGUCCGGUUUACUUUGACCGAGAAGACGUCAAAGCAGCCAUCAAUGCUCCUGUUGACAAGGAGUGGCGAUUUUGCAGCAGAGAGCCCGUAUUUGUAGAUGACAUUGACAACUCCAACAACCCAGGUCCUGGAAGUUUGCCUGUUAUCCCAGGCAUUAUCGAGAGAAUCGAAAACGUAAUCAUCGGGCACGGAUUACAAGACUUCAUUUUACAGAGCACCGGCACAUUGCUUGGUAUCCAAAACAUGACGUGGGGCGGGACGCAGGGGUUCCAAGUGCAGCCUGAGAAUGUACUGAACGUCCCGCUUCACCCAGACAUGGAAGCCUUUGGCGGUAGUGGUGAGCUUGGGGUAUGGCAUUCAGAGAGAGGUCUCACGUAUUUCGAGACCCCGAUGUCUGGCCAUUUUGUUGGUCGUGAUGCACCGUUCAUCUCGUUUCGAGCGCUAGAGGUGCUUUUGGGACGAGUGGAGGACUUUGGGUCAACAGCCCCAUUUACGACGGAACACAUGGUGGACGCCCGGAGCGAAGAGCUCUGA